UCAAACAGAAGAAUAACAAGUCUGCCUGUAUCGAAUCUGUGAAAGUCAAUCUCAAAAUAGUGAAACAGCAGCGUGCCGGUAGAACCAAGCAGAAGAACAUGACAGACAACAAAACGAGCAAAGAGCAGAAGUAUGAUCGGCAACUCAGGUUGUGGGGAGAUCAUGGACAGGAAGCUCUUGAAAAUGCCCAUGUGUGUCUCAUCAACGCCACUGCAACCGGCACUGAGAUCCUCAAAAACCUUGUGCUGCCAGGAAUAGGAUCCUUUACCAUAGUUGAUGGGCACAAAGUGUCAGGGGAGGAUGUUGGAAACAACUUUUUUCUCACCAGCAGCAGUAUUGGGAAGAGCAGGGCUCAGGCUGCCACUGAACUUCUGCAGGAGCUCAACGGUGAUGUGUCUGGAAACUUUGUAGAAGAGAGUCCUGAUAAGCUUUUGGACAGCAGCCCUGAGUUUUUUCACAGAUUUAGUCUGGUAAUUGGCGUCCAGCUUCCAGAAAGCACAUAUCUGAGACUGGGCAGUGUGUUAUGGGAGGCUGGGGUGCCGCUCCUUAUAUGUCGAACAUAUGGACUCAUCGGUUACAUGAGGCUGAUUGUGAAGGAGCACACAGUGGUAGAAUCUCAUCCUGAUAAUGCAUUAGAGGACCUGAGACUAGAUCUGCCAUUCACAGAGCUCAAACACCACAUAGAGUCCUACGACCUGGACAACAUGGAGAAGAAGGAUCACAGUCAUUUGCCAUGGAUCAUUGUGGUUGCCAAAUACUUGGAAAAGUGGUGUAGUGAGCACAACUCUCAGUUACCGAAGAAUUAUAAGGAGAAGGAAGCUUUCAGACAACUCAUCAGAGGAGGAAUCCUUACGAAUGAGAACGGAGCACCUGAAGACGAAGAGAACUUUGAAGAGGCAAUCAAGAACGUGAACACGGCUCUGAACCCCACCAAGGUCCCCAGUGGAACGGAAGACAUUUUUAAUGCUGAGCAGUGUGAUAACAUUACCUCACAGAGCCCAUCCUUCUGGGUGAUAGCACACGGAGUGCGGGACUUUGUCCGAAAUGAGGGGAAUGGAAACCUACCUGUGCGAGGAACCAUCCCAGACAUGAUUGCAGAUUCAGACAAAUUCAUCAGGUUACAAAACGUCUACAGAGACAAAGCCAUGAAGGACGCAGCAGUUGUGUCCAAACAUGUUGAAGCGCUUUUACAAUCAGUUGGAAAGCCUCCAGAGAGCACCUCUGAACAGGAAAUCAGACUUUUCUGUAAAAACGCAGCUUUCCUCCGAGUGGUGCGCUGCAGGUCUCUGGCAGAGGAAUACAGUGUGGACACUUUCAAUAAAGAUGAAAUCACAUCCUGUAUGGACAGCACGGACAGUGAGAUGGUGCUGUACCUCAUGCUCCGUUCAGUCGAUCGCUUCUAUCAGCAACACUCCCGGUACCCAGGUGUCUACAAUUACCAGGUGGAGGAAGACAUUAACAAACUCAAGCUGUGUGUAAACAGUCUUCUGCAGGAGUACAGUCUGAACGUCAAUGUGAAAGAUGACUACAUUCAUGAGUUCUGCCGUUAUGGAGCUGCCGAGCCACACACGGUCGCAGCUUUUCUGGGAGGAUCAGCAGCUCAAGAAGCCAUCAAAAUCAUCACGCACCAGUUUGUACCUUUCAACAACACGUUCCUCUAUAAUGCCAUGUCACAGACCUCUGCUACUUUUCAACUUUAGAGCAAUCGUCCCUUCCAAUCGUGUUUCUUCAUUCCUCUAUCAGUGUUGGCCACAAAUUGGCACACGUUUGUUUAUAUCUACAUUGAUCAGUGGUGUUGCGUUUUGACAAGACCAGAACUGGUGCUGCGUACUAAAUAAACCAUGUAUCUCCAAA